UCCUGAGACUCCCAGUCCUUUCUCAGCAGCUGCCCCUGGAAGACUCCACGCUUUCCCUUUAGGGAAAGAAGCAUCUAUUUCAGCUGUCCUCUUCCUGUCCCUCAUCUCUCCCUCCGCCGGCCGCCACCUCCACCCCUUCCAUUGUGUUGUGCUUUAACCCCGCUUCCUACGCAAGACCCUAUCCUCAUUUGUAGCAGGAGGAAUUACUUGAGAAUUUCGGAACCUCGAGUUGCAAUGGAGCUGUACGGAAAGAUGGCCUCGACCCAAGAUGCCAGGUUUGGCCAAAAAGACUCAUCUGAUCAAAACUUUGACUAUAUGUUCAAAUUGCUCAUCAUUGGCAAUAGCAGUGUGGGGAAAACAUCCUUUCUCUUCCGUUAUGCUGAUGACUCCUUUACAUCUGCAUUUGUCAGCACAGUUGGGAUCGAUUUCAAAGUAAAAACUGUAUUCAAAAAUGAAAAGAGAAUCAAGCUUCAGAUUUGGUUACUGUAUCUCUAUCAUUUGGUGCUGGGACCAGGGCGGAUCUAUAAGACCAGUGAUAAGCCUACUUCUUCAAAUACAGAAAGUUGA